AUGCCUGUCUUGAAUAUCAUCGCUCCUGACGGAAAGGAGAACUUUAUUGCAGAGUCUAUCGUGAUCGACCACUACCUUGCAAAAAAGUUUGGACUGUUGGGGGACAACGAGUGGGAAGAGUUCACGAUCAAGAGCCUGUACAACAAUAUUCAUUAUCUUCAUAUCCAUCUGGCCAAUGUUAUCGAUCACUUUUCGCACCUUCCUGUCGCUAAAGGAAUUAUGGCACAGUUCCAAAAUAGCGAACUGUUGUGGAGGGUCAAGGAGAGUGUCGAACGAGGCCCUAACAUUGCGGCAUGGAGGGCCACGGAUGAGUUCAAGACUUUUGCUCAAGGAUCCAUCGACAUUUACGCUCGCUCUGCUCCUCCAAUCGAAGAAGAUGCCACGACUAAAGAGGCUUAG